CGACAUCUUAUAUGAUCGGGUACCCUAGCUGAGUUCAAUAGAAAAGGUAAACCCUAGCUAGCUUGCACGCGCGCCGUCACGCACCAUGGCGCAAUGUCCCGCUCCUACUCCCGGCAAGAUGCAGAUCUUUGUGAAGACCUUCACUGGCAGGACCGUCACUCUUAAUGUUGAAAGUUCAGAUACUAUCGGCAAUGUGAAAGCUAAGAUUCAUCAUAAGGAGGAUUUUCAACCAUACCAACAGUGUCUCAUAUUUUCUGGCAAGCGGCUGGAGGACGGUCGCACCUUGGCCGACUAUGGCAUCCAAAAGGGGGUUACCCUUCAUUCUGAACCCCGCUUCCCCGGACAUAUUAAGAUUUCUGUGAGGAGCCUUAAUGGAAAAAUGAUGACCUCGCAGGUCCAUCCAUCAGAUACCAUCGGUGCUAUGAAGGCAAUGUUUUUGUUUGAACACCACCUUAUCUUCAAUGGGAAACAACUGGAGGAAACCCGUACUUUCGCUGAUUAUGAUAUCCAGGAUGGAUCUACUCUUGAUGAUUUCCGCCUCCAUGCAGGGAUGAAAAUCAACAUCAAUGUGUUAGACAACCCUCUCUAUGUUGAGAGCUCAGAUACUAUCGACAGUGUCAAGGCAAAGAUUAAUGAUGAGUACGGUAUCCCUCUAGCCCAACAGCGCCUCGAGUUUCACAGGAUAAGGAGGACGUCCGGAUUUCAUCCAUACUCUAUCUUACAGGGCAUCCGUACUUUGGCCGAUUAUAACAUCCAGAAUGGAGCCACUCUCGACCUUAUCGUCUGCCACCGACCCAGGCCGAUGCAGAUCUUCGUCAAGAAUUUGGGAGGAAAGACCUUGACGUUUAAUGUUCAGAGCUCAGAUACCAUCCGCAGUGUCAAGGAGAAAAUUCAGCAGGUGGACGGUAUUGACCCGGCAAGCCAACGCCUCAUCUUUUCCGGGUGGCAGUUGGAGGAUAGCUUCACACUGGCAGAAUACAAUAUCCAGCAUGAAUCCACUUUUCAUCUUUGCCUCCGCCUUUAUUCAUGUGCUAAAUGUCCAGGAACCCAUCACUAGAGAGUGUAUUACUGUCUCUGAAGCGAUUUGCUCCAAUCAUCUUUGGUCCUACUUCUAGAUAUUAGUAGGUUUAUUCAUGUAUCUAUCGUGUGAGUUUCCAGUUUUGUUGCUUGCUCCACGCUACGCAGCACAAAGCGAAUCAAUGAAGUGCACUGUUUCUUCGCAGUUCGACAAUGCGCUCUGAAGCUCAGCAGAUCACACAAAUUAUGAAAAUAGCAUAUGCUUCCCUAUCUUGUGUAUGCUGUAGAGAUUUAUAUUCCUCAGUUUGUUCCAAACUUCUCAUCCCUUAUGAUUGAUCUAGCACAAUUCUCUAAUAUUAUUUUGGAGACGACA